AUGAAAAGUUGUGUCCUGGGUGCCGAUGGUGCUGGAUCCUCUACAGAAGCGGGGGAGAAUGUCGGGGUCAGGGGAUAUGCCGGAAUGUCUUUCGGUGAUGCUGCAGCGAUAACCGCCUGGGCCAUCUCAAGAACCUCGGUCGGAGUCCUGACAGAUACUUCGCACACCGCGCGCACCUCCCUCGGUAGAAUUCUCCUCAGGGCUCUCCUCUCCUCAUCCACCACCUAG